UUACAACGUUAGCACGUUUUUUCCGCAUCACGGAAGUCAUGUGAUCAACAACCGGAUGUUGCUACCGGGGGAAUAAAAUCGGGCAGGAAGUGGCAGGAGGAUGUUUUUUAACUACUCACUGAGUGAACGAACUUUUUUACGUGUGAUUUUAAUUCCGUCUCUUACGUAAUGGAAAAUAUCACAGUUACUAAAUUGUAUAUAUAUAUUUUUCAACAUUGGUGUAAUAUUGACAAAGUCUUGCGCACAUAUGUAAUAGAAACUCAGUUUUUGUCUUGUGCGGCAACAAUUACUCGCAGCCAUCAUUGAUUUAAAUGAAACAACUUUUCUGCUUCACCAAUAACCACAAGGAAGCUUCAGGCCUUGGCAGCAGAACUUGUGGAAAAACAGGACCGAGAAAAGAGAGAUCACACUUUUCUUCAUGUGGAGCCCAGGAGGGGAAUGUUGGAGAUUCUGCUGAAUGAGGAACUGACCUUCAAACGGAGACGCUGACAAUCUGAUGACGCAAAGACUGUGGCUUUGCCUCCUGUCGCCUCUUCAUCUGCACAUCGCUGCGCUCUGGUCGCUCCCGAUGCCUCGCUCCAGUCGGAUGGGAGACACUAACGCACCACAGGCAGGAUGACAAAACAGCCGACAACCAACCAGUCCAACACAAAAACGGAAAAGGAGAAAGAAGAAACCGCUAGAGAUGACAACACGGACCUUGCAUAUAAGGACGCCGGCCACUGCAGCCGUAGCACCCACAACCUGCUGCUGGGACUCACUGUUCUUGGUGUUGUCAUGGGCGUGAUGUUUGGGAUGCUGCUGCGCUACAUGAAGGUGAAAGACGCUGCCGCCCUCACCAUGGUCUCCUUUCCUGGAGAAAUCCUCAUGAGGAUGCUGAAGAUGCUCAUCCUGCCUCUAAUCAUCUCCAGCCUUAUCACAGGUCUCGCCGGUCUUGACGCUCGGUCCAGUGGAAGGAUGGGAAGCAGAGCCAUGGUGUACUACAUGUCCACCACUGUAAUCGCCGCCAUCCUGGGAGUCAUCCUGGUUCUGGGAAUCCACCCAGGAAACCCCAAACUGCGGGGCAGCCCCACGUCCACAUCCGCAAAAAACCCGGAGGUCAGCAGCCUGGACGCCUUCCUGGACCUGAUCAGAAACCUCUUUCCUGAGAACCUGGUGCAGGCCUGCUUCCAACAGGUGCAGACGGUGUUGAAACAGGUGACAGUCACGGCACCAAACCAAACCGAGCCUGUGGUGGUGAACCAGAAAAAACUGGAAUACAAAUGGGGCAUGAAUGUUCUCGGCUUGAUCGGCUUCUUCAUCACCUUUGGGAUCUGCAUGGGCAGGAUGGGCGAGCGUGGGAGAGUCAUGUGCGACUUCUUCAACAUCCUGAAUGAAAUCAUCAUGACGAUGGUUUCCAUGAUCAUGUGGUAUUCCCCCGUCGGCAUCGCCUCUCUGAUUGCUGGUAAAAUCGCCGCCAUUGGCGACCUUGAGAUGGUUGCUAGGCAACUAGGGAUGUACAUGGUGACCGUCAUCGUGGGCCUGGUGAUCCACGGUGGCCUCAUUCUGCCCGCCAUCUUCUUUGGCAUAACCAGAAAAAGCCCAUUUACUUUCUACUCCGGCAUCUUCCAGGCCUGGAUCACAGCUUUGGGGACCGCCAGCAGUGCGGGGACGCUGCCGGUCACUUUCCGCUGCCUGGAGGAAAACCUGAAGAUUGACAAGCGGGUGACUCGCUUCGUGCUGCCCAUAGGCGCCACCAUCAACAUGGACGGCACGGCGCUGUACGAGGCGGUGGCCGCCAUCUUUAUCGCCCAGAUGAACGACAUCACACUGGACGGCGGGCAGAUUGUCACCGUCAGCAUGACGGCCACCCUGGCCAGCGUUGGAGCCGCCAGUAUUCCCAGUGCCGGACUGGUGACCAUGCUGCUGAUCCUGACCGCCGUCGGCCUGCCCACUCAGGACAUCAGUCUGCUGAUCGCCGUCGACUGGCUGCUUGACCGAAUGCGAACCUCCAUUAACGUGGUUGGGGAUUCGUUUGGCGCCGGGAUCGUGGAUUAUUUAUCGAGGGCCGAGCUGGCGGAGCUCGAUGCAGCGGAAAUGCUCCCGACAGAGGAGGAGCUGGACUUCAUUCCUCCACCGCCGAUCCUCACCGAAAUGGACCUGGUCAACCCGCUGAAGCCGCCAGAGCUGCCGCCUCGCUCCCCUCGCCCCCUGAAGAUGAACCAUCACAGCAACGUUCUGUCCCAGUCCCAGUCUGCCACUUACUCACCGUCCUGCUCCAUCCGAUCUCCGUCUCCUCACUCCGUUCGCUCUCCCUCCCCGCGCUCCGUCUGCUCCCAUUCCCCUCGGCCUUUCCGCACUCAUUCACCUCGCCUCCUCUGCAGGACGGAGCCGGGCUACUCCGCUCUGCCCAGCCACGACAACCAGAUUUCAACGUUACCGCGCGGCUACAGAGAGCGGAAUCGGGAUCGGGAUCGGGAUCGGGAUCGGGAUCGGGGGCGUGACAGGAUCCGGGACAGAGAGAGGGAACGGGAACGGGAACGCCUGAGGCCAGAGAGCGAAACGGAGGAGGAAGAGGACAGAGAGCGAGUUCUGGGCGAAGUGAGCGACGGCGAGGAGAGCGACGACACCGCGUACGAUCGGCGCUGCGCCAUCUCACCGAGCGAUUUACCGUGACGUCAUCUUAGUCUGUUUGUUUUGGUUUUACGACACAUUUCCACUUUCAGCAUCAAAACCUAGAAAAAUCCAGUAGAGACAACGCAGAAACUCACACAAGCUGCAUUUCCAUGACUAAUGGCCACAAAACUUUGACAUUCCAUCGUCAUUUCUUCCUUCCUUUCUUUCCUCCGUUGCUUCCUACUUUGUAAAUUUGCUAGAAAACUCUAAGAAAUUUUCUGAGUUUCAAAAAGCCAAAAUUUGUAGUUUUGAAAAUCAGAAAAUGUCCAGUCUUUUUUUCCAGAAUUUCUGAAACUAAUAUCAAUACGUUUUUUCUAGAGAAUUUCAGAGAUUUCUAGAUAAAAUUUAUUUCCUCUUUUCUUCCUGCAUCAUACAUUUUCUAGAAAAAACGUGGAAAUUUUCAAAAGUACAUUUUUUUCUCUCAAAUUUCUGAAAUGUUUUAGAAUGUCUUUUUUUCCCUCCAUUUCUUCCUUCGUCAUAAAUUUGCAAGAAAGUCAAAAGUUUUUGACUCAACAUCCUGACAGUUCAAGUCUCUUCUUUCUCAAAAAGUUGAGAAUUACAGUUUUUGAGAAAGUUUCAUUCUCAAAACUUUCUGAAGUUAAACCGAAAAUUUAUUUUAUUUUCAAGAAUUUCUUCCUUCCUUUUUUCUUUCCUUUUUUUAUUCAUUCCUUCCUAAAGCAGACACAUUUUUAAAUUUAAUUUAUUUUAUUAACUCUUAUUUAUUUAAUAAAUUAAAACAGCCAAAAAUAUCUUAACCUGUUCUGAAAAGUUUUUCUUUCCUUCAGUUUCCAGUUGCAAAUGUUUAUCAACUUAUCAACUAUUUAUUGAUCUGAUUACAAUCAGAUCUCAGUUUCUUUAAAUUUAUCUGCCAGAAUGCUGAAAAUGUAAAUUUAAAAGCAUAAAACAAUGAAUCCGUCCAGCAGAUGUUAUUUUUUUACACUUCUUCGCCUUUCUGAAUCUCUCUUCCUUGGUAAUAUUGCUCAAAUCAUGUGAGAUUUGUACAUUUAUUUGUUGUGGUUUGUGUGCGAUGCUGUUUUAAUGUUGUACGUUUAAAGCUGUUGGUAUUUUAUUCUGGUGCUGUCAUUUCAUUUCUGUAUGUCAACCACCAUCCUUCACCGCUAAAGUCCUAAAUUAGAUUCACAUCACCAGGUUCUGUGUAUAAUAAAACCUUAUAGAUUUAUUUAAAGUGAUUGUGAUUCGUUUGUUUUAUUUUUUAUUUUUUAAACACAUCUUGUGCAAUCUGCAGAAGGAUUUGCUGUCAGAAAGGGGUCAGAAAAAUCCCAGAGACAAAGUUAUUACAGGACGAACAGAAACGGAGGCAAAGUACGCACGUCACACAACACAGCGACCCGAGCGCGUUUAAUCCGCUCAAAGACGAGCCAGAGACGGGCGAGGGGACGCGGAGGGCGGCAGAUGGCCACAAAGACGUCAAUCGUUUUCAUUCUUCCCAGACAGCAUAAGGCCAGGGAGCGCUGCUGCAUCCGGAGGAUCAGAAUCUGUUUCCGUUUUUAUAUGUAUAUAUUUAAUGAAAAAACGUAAAUUUUUACUAAGUACAGUUGGUCUGAUUUUUGUUCAAACAUUUUUUUUCAUUGCAUUCAAAAAACAUAUAUGAACAACAUAGAAUGUUAAUAAUUACAACUUUUCAGCAAGAUAUCGACCCUUUGCAACUACGUCACCACGUCACUUUAGGCGCCAUGAUGGACUGGACGUCGGAAGUGAGGGACGGGAGUAUUGAACACAGCGACUUAAGUUGUUUCACCCUUUUCCCAAGUUGCUUUUGCCAGUUUAGUCAUCUCUUCUACUUGUUCGAGACAAGCUAAGUUGUCUGUGAACGUAACACACCUGGUUGGGGCUAAUAGACGGCGGUAUUUACUAAAGCUUGAAGUGGCCAGAGUUCUGACGAGCAUGCGCAUAGUGCUGUAGGGGAGAAAAUACGAUUAUUUUACAUACCACCCAUAGUCCCGCUGCCAUCGUAGAACAAUUCCGUUAACUAAAUGAAACAUGGAGAUGUAGGUAUUAUUAAUUUAGAGCUGUGCGGUACAGCAGAGGGAAACAUAAUGCAUAAAAACCGUUAAAGAACUCAAAACCACUUUUUCUCGCUCGGUGUCGGCUACGCUACACGCAGACCCGUUGCCACAGCAACUGACAACUUGUUUUAAGUAAAAAAAUUCUUAAUAUAAAUAAUAGUGAAACGUUUUGGGGAGGCGUGAAUGAAUUCUAAAAAAGUUAACUCUACAAACUUCGGUUCGGUUGAAGUUGACUGGUGCGGUUCGAACUUAUAUGCGAACAAGAAGGAAGUGAAUGUAAUCAAAACAAACACGUAAGUCUAGCUAGCAGGAGAAACGACGCCUUGUGUUUUGCUAAUUAUAGAAAUCCUAAAAUCUGACAAGUGGAUGUUUCCCUCAGGGUUUUUUUCAGAUGUUUUGUGUCGUUUCCUUCAGUGAUUCAUGGAACAGCGCCACCACAGGCGAGGAAGGGAAAAGAUUUGUUUGAAACAAAUGUCGCAGUUUUGGUUCCCAAUCAAGUGCCAGUGUAGACAGACAAAAAAAGUUUAUUUUUGAAAAAAAUAUAGAAAUAUGAAAUUUUGAGAGUAAGCUGAGACAUUUUCUCAAAAAAUUUUCUAUUAACGCUUUAACAUUUGUGCCAGCAUUUCUCUGAGAAGUAGUUCGUAUAAUGAGCUCAGCAGUUCCACCAGGUCUUUGCUAAUUGUUCCUGGCUAGUCUGAAGGAGCCUGAGGGAUGCUUGUAAGCCUGGA